GAGCCACCGCGCCGGAGUUUCUCACCAGCGCCCUCCGCUUCAUCAUCUCGGCUCCGCCCAACAUCGGCAACAAAUUUAGUAUGUCUUCUCCGUCUUCUCCUUUGGCGGAUCCGCUCGAGGUUACGCCCUUGGCCACCGAGAGUCCGCCCAGCGAGGCGGAUUUGCAAAGAACCUUUCACGCCGCUAGCGGGUCAGGAAGCCAGGCCGACCCCGAGGCGGAAAUUAGGAUGGAGGUCCUCGACGAAGAUGAAGAUGCAGAGGAAGAAGUUGACGAAGAGAUCAAGGCGGAGGUAGAGGAAGAUGCUCCCGCCAAGAUAAACAAGAAAAACGAGAAGGGCAAGUGGUGGUCCUGCAAUAUCUCUGAGGAGGACCUCACCGACCCGAAGAAGGAAGGGAUUUACCACAAGGCAGAAAGCAAGUGGAGGGUGGUUCAUGGGGAACUUCACCCCAAUCCACAAGGCGGAGAGCGGGUAAUCACUAAAGCUCUCAUGGAGCGCGGAUUCUCCUUUCCGCCUUCGAGCUUCUUCACUGAGGUACUCGAACACUACGAUCUGCAGCCCCAUAACCUUCCGCCGAACAACAUUACUGUUUUAUCCGCCUUCAUUGCUCUGUGCGAAGGAUACCUUGGUAUUUUUCCAAGGUUAGAUUUGUUUAAGUUCUAUUUUGGAAUCAAGAGGGAAACCGUCCGCGCAAGGGGUCCGCUGGCGAAUUGUGGCAGCGUGUCUUUUAAGAUCCGCGAGGAAAAGGACUUCUCGAUGCCGCCACACCACGAAUCUGUUAGAUAUUGGUCUGGCGGUUUCUUUUACUGCAAUGAUAAGGCGGCUCCAAGAAACGCCCAUUGCCUUCCUCCAUUCCAGGACAGAUCGCCAGAAGAGAAGGACUCCUGGAUAUCAGUGGAUGAUCUUCCGCCUUCUCCUGAGUUGCACCCUUUUGUUAGGCGGAUCAGCAAGCUGAUAGAGCAGGGGCUUACUGGCCAAGACUUGGUCUGGUGCUGGUUUGUUAGGCGGAUUCAGCCCCUUCAGCAUCGGAACAGGCUGAUGCAUUGUAAUGACGGGAAUACCGACUCCUUGCGCAUGACCACCGACAAUUUCCCAUCGGAUGCCCUCGACAAAAGGAUGAGGAAGAUUGUCAAAGUGGCUAGAGACGUCCACAUUUUCAAAUUUGGAUGAGACUUGUACAUCCAGAGCACCUGUCCGGACGUGUGUUCUUCAAGUUUCAUUUUCUCUUUCAUUUUAUUUCCGCCAUAGGCUUUGCACUGAACUUUAUUGUAUCUUUGUGCAGAUUAAGACCUUGCUAGAUUCUGAAUUAGCCAAUCUCCUUCGCUCACCUUGCAGCCUAGAUUUCCCAGAAGAAGAACAAGGCUGUCCCAAGAUAUUUGCUGAACCUUCCGCCCUGAAAUGCAAGGCAGAAAGUGGGCCUGCUACUUCUAGCAAAAGGGGAAGAGGAGCACAGAGUGGUAACGUCAGGGCUCCUGAUGCCGGCAAAGCUGAGGGAGUGAGGCGGGCACAUAUUGCCACCAAGGAAAUGGAUACUUCGCUUAACUUUCCCAAGGCCAGGAGGAAGAUCCCUGGCAACAAGCCCACAGCUGCUUCUAAGGCCAAGAUGGUUGCGAAAAAGAGCAAACCUUCCCCGGCUACUUUCCCAGAGACUCCUACCGUCAGCGCGCCUUCCAGAUCGACAUCCACCAUCAUUCCGCCCAAGGGUAAAGCCUCUGAGGUUAUCAACCUUGAGAAGGACCAACAGGGCCAAGAAGAAGAUGAGUUCAUGGAUGCUGGCGUUGAUCUUGGCGGAUCUGAGGAAGCAGAGUUUAUGCGAAAAUCGGCUGAAGCUUUUGCUGAUGAUGCCGUAGCUAAGGCGGAAAUGGCCAAGAAAGUUUCCUCCUCCAAGACUUUCGCUGGAACUUCUUCUACUCAAGCGGAACCAGAAGACCUUGAGCAAAUGUACAAAGUACUUGACAUACAGAGUCUGGGGCCAAGCUGAUGGCGAGUAUACCGCCUUGGACAAAAUGGCCAGGAAGGUUGCCAAGUUCUUUGAAGAUCAUAAGAAAUCAAGAAAGGAUACUCAACUGAUGCAGCAACAGCUCUGGGAUACAUGCCAGAAGCAAAAGAAAAGGCUAAAGGCUUUGACGGAAGCGGAGACUGAGAAAGAUCAACUGAUCGCCAUGCUGAACGAGCAACUUAAGUGCAGUGAAGCCCAAGCUUCAGACAAAGCCAAGCUCAAUGAUCUUUCCGCCAAGCGUGCCACCUUGGAAGCUGAGAAUGAAUCCAUGAAGCGCUCCCUGGAUGUGAGUCACGAGGCUGAGAGCAAAGGUCAAUUGGAGCUCAAGACUAAGUCCAAAGAGUUUGAGAAGAUCUUGGCGGAAAAGAACGAGCUGGUGUCCAAAUGCCAAGAAGCUACCAAGACUGUGGGCAAGGAACUUGAUGAUCAUCUGGAGCUUGCAGGGCGGAUUGACCAUGAGAUCCUAGAGCUUUUUAACUUUCCUGCUUCUUGGAACCGCCAAACAAAGUUUGUCAAGGCGGGUUCUUCUUUGCGCGAGCUGAUUCGAGCAUGCUACGCUAUUGCCAAGCACCUUACAGUUCAUGACGGUGAAACUUGUCCCACUGACCAGCUAGCCAGAAAGAUGGAAUUUGUACCAGGCCUUAUUGAAGAUUGGAAGAAAUCUUCCGCCCGUGGUGCUGCCAGGAUGGCGCUAACUCUGAUGAAAGAUCAUAUGCCAGGUGCGGACGUAGAUUAUGUCACUUCCGGCAUCCCUAAUGAGGUUGACGGAGUCCCCGUCGAUGAGAAAGCCGCCAAGCAAACAGUUUUGGGCUUUUUUUUCGAUAAAGGAUGCUUUCAUUACUUUUAUAAGCAAUUACAUCCAGCCUCUGCAUAACUAGGAUGCACACAGCCGUUUAUGUUGUCUCAGGUACGAAAAAGAUAAAAACAAAAACUAGGCGAGAUACACAUCAAGAUGAAACAUAUAACGCCUAAGAAGUAGGUGGGGCAUCUAUCCGUAGACUAUGCUGCCACCCAAGUUGGGAAAAAGUAUCCCUCGCCGUAGCCUCCAACCGUGUACAGACCUACGUAAACAGGUCUCGGUUCUCCACUCGCUGAAGAGGUAACCACGAACGGAGAAUACCUGUACAUCUGUAGAUGACCUGCAACAAAGAGCAAUUCAUAUCAUUAAAAAUCUUGUCAUUUCUACAUAGCCAAAGCGCCCAGAUAACUGCUAGCGCCCCCACCCUAAGAAGCAACUUAAACCUUGAAUCAACACCAUGAAGCCAAUUACCAAAGACAUUGGCAACACUAGUCGGAGGAUACAGGGUAGACGCUACUUGGACACGAACCGGUGCCAGCAGAGUCGAUUUUGAGUCAUGGUACAAAGCAUACGACAUUGCACCAGAUGCCUCGGCUGUUUGUGCGGAGUACGAAUAAGAGACUUCUGAUGCUAGCUCUCUGGGCAGUAAGGCGGAGGAGGAUGUUUCCUCUCAUGUCAGCAAGCCGGAUGAGGGUACUUCUACUUCGUGAACUUCUGCAAAAGACAACGAAAAAACACUGCAUCAUUCGGCCCCUUCGUGGGUCUGUAAUAACUUAGUCUUAAACUGUGAUGUGUUUUGCUACUAAGUGAUGUGUGUGCGAAAACUGUAAGGCGGAAACUUAUCGUGAUGCUUUAUUCAGUUUGCAUGCAAUGGUUGUAAAUAUUUAAGCAAGUGUUGGUUUAUCCGUUAUUCA